CGGGAAUAGAAACAGACAGGGAGGAAGAUAGCAAGAACUCCGAUGCGGAUACUACAGCAACUUCAAGUGGUGCUGAUCAACAUGAUGCGGAUCGGGAUAAUUUAAAAACGCGGCAAGAAGAUCACAGACCUUCUGGGCUGCUUCCGGCGUUCUCCGCGGCGCAGAAGGAUUUUGUUUGCAAACACCUCUCGGGCUACACGUGCGCCUGGAAUGGAGAUUGUGGCUUCUUGAACCACAAAGCGGAUGCGAGCGGGUAUGUGCAAACGAAUAUCGAGGAGGAAAGCAGGUCGUCUGACAAUAGCCCCACCACUUCUAGCACAAGCUCGGAGGUCAUACGGCACGACUCGCAGCGCCAGCCCCUUUAUUACGGUGAGGAAGAUGGCCCAAACGACACCUGCGACAAGGCCCAUCCCAACAUCUUCCGUCUCUCCGAGUUUGGCAUUAUCCCAAAUUUGAGCGAAUUCACGAUGAUGGAAGAAAUUUUUGUCGGCGGACCGAUUUCCUGCGGUUUUUUCUCGAACGUGAAGAGUUUCGACCGGUAUAGAAUGGAGAACGCGGUCCUUGGCGCUCGACGUGCUGACGGCGAAUCGCAGGACGAGAACAUUGGAGGCAAAGGCUCAAAUACGCCCGACAGCGCCAGCACAGAUGUACCAGAGUGGAGGAGAUACAACUCGGUUGUGUUAGACCCCGGUCCUCAUCUAGGCGAUGCGGAGAUUCGCAAGGGACACGCGGUGGACCACUUUGUUGAGCUAACAGGAUGGGGUACAACUCAUAGGCAAGACGGACGAGAAGAUGCACGAGUACGUGACGAAAGUAAGAAUAACGCAGACACGACCACUGUAGUACCUGCAGCCGCAGGAGUCCCAUAUUGGGUCGUUCGAAACAGUUGGGGCUCGUCGUGGGGUUGGGCGGGAUGGUUUUUGCUUGCGCGGGGGAAGAACGCUUUGACGAUGGAGAGUGCUGAAUGUGCCUACAUUAUUCCUAGUAGGAGAAAUUUGGAAGCACAGAUGAUGAGGCUGAAGAGAGUGAAGCUGUGAAAAAGAAGACGCGGGACAAAGUCAAACCACGCUUACAAGAGGUUCUUGCGCAUGUGCUCUUACGGAGGGCGCUAAAGAAGCUAAAGCAAAGAUCAAAAUCUGCGACAAAAGCAAAACAGCAGCGUGCAGCAAGCAGUGACUGAACCGGUGGAGCAGCUAGCUCUGCUGGUGAAAUUCGUCAGCUUUGUCGUUGUAGGGCGGGUCGUGAGGAUGUUCAUCGUCUCAAUGUGUCAGUGAGGGCGAAACGCUACCAGC